AUGAACAGCCAACCAGACCGCAAUGGUCAGCCAGACGCCGCUUCCCUUAGCGGGCCUUACCCAUCGUUGUUCCUGGAAGACCAUGCGGAUUUCUUCUUCCUCUGGCCUGGCGGCGCUGUUUACAGAUAUUUCGCACCUGGGUUCGCCCCCAGACGGCAGUCAUCUCCUAGUGAAAUGGCCAGCUCCGGUUGUGAAGACGACAGGGACCAGGAAGCUGGUCACCGUCCAAAUCAAACAGCUCUCAUCUUCGUCAAAUGCUAUGCCACUUUGCACUUAUGGUACAUUCUCAUGGGGGAUGUUGACUCGCUGUUAUGGCUCGGAGAUACUUGCCCGAAUUUCAGACCUGCGAAUACGGCCACAACAACAAGAAUUGCCUCACGAGUACCACUGACUUCCAGGAUGUCCACCACCUUGGAUGAGGAUGCUCAAGUUGUUCGGAAGUCCGUCGGAUUGCGCCGCGUGGAUGACACAUCCAUGAAUGGCCUCUCAACUCUCGAUGGAGAGGGUGCUACCAUCGGACGAGGCUUUCCAAUUGAAGGUAUCCCGACAUUCGUAGAUCCCUACAAGGCACGGCAAUGGGCAUUGGAGCAUAUGGCUGGAGCUUUUAGGGUCAUGGCACGGAAAGGUUAA